CUUAGAGCACUUUAUCCCUUCUUAUUUCAACUAUUUUUCUAAUUUUGUUCCAUGGUAUGAUGUUAACAUAUUCUAUCUUAAUUCCCAAUUUUUUCAAUUGAUAUAGACGAUCUGUUUUCACCAAAAGUCAGAUUUUAUUUUGGACAGUUUUCUGAUUAUCCAAAGAAAAAAUUAAGUGGAAAAGAGAUAAGAGGAGAAUAUUCUGUCAUAUUAUAAUUUUCAAUAUAUCUGAUGACUCAAGUUCUGUUUCUAGUCAAGUGAGAUGGAAACAACAUAAUUUUGUCUUCUACUCAACAGUGCCUUAAAUUCUGUAUAUAGGUCUAUUUGCUUUCAAAUUCCAUGAAAUCACAUAUUCUGAACUCCUUGAGAUGUUCUGUUGCUGGAACCAAUUUUGUCCUUGUUCUAUGGGACGAUUUUGAGUCUGGACUAGCAUUCCUCACCGUGUAAUAUAUUCCAUCUUUUUUUUGCUUUCUUCGAAGCAAACAUAAGGAAUGAGUUUGUGCAAAUAGCGCGAUAGAGAAAAGAUUUCUCCUUGUUUGGAAGGGAGGGAACUUCUUCUAUGCAUGCUAAUCCUUUCCUUCACCGAUGGUCUUCCUAUCUCCUGCUUUUCCUUUAUUGAUGUUAUCAUAUUCAUCAUCUUUAUUUAGGAAGAACAAACUUUUCGUGCAUUUUGUGUUGGAUCCUGUCGCUGUCAGUGACUCAUCAAGGGAAAUAUCAUUUGCAGCCAGACAUGCUUGUUUGAUCUUAAUUGAGAAUGUGGAGAGGCUAGAGGUGGGGGCAUUAGUCACCAUCAGAGGAAUCGGACGCGUCAAAAUUAUAGAGCUUCUGCAAACUGAUCCUUAUUUGCGAGGUACAAUUUCACCCGUGAGGGACGAUAUUGUUCAAAAUGAUAGCGGGUUAAGUACAAAAGUGAUGGACGUCAAAGAUGUUCUUCGUAAUUUGAAUAGUUUGGAGAUCAAAUUGAAGGCUCCCAAGGAGGCAUUAUUGCAGACUCAUAUUCUGAACUCACUUACUUGGGCUGAAAAGGGUAUAUAUGUGGACAUUGAUGAACAUUUUGUACCAUCCUUAGCUGAAAGAGUUUCCUUCGCAGCCUUCCAACCAAUUUCAGGAUCAACUAAAUCUGAGUUACAAAGUUUGCAGCUAAAAAAACUCGAAGCAAUGGAUAUCAAGAAUACUUUUGAAAGGCUGGAUAGAUCUCUGGAAUUAAGUAAAGCAAAUAUUUCUACGGUGGCCGCCAAACUUGCUAUACAAUCAGUUGAAAUUCAAUAGGGGUUGUGAAAGCUAUGAAUUGGGCAUUCUGAUAACCAUCCCAAUAAUGAAAGGUUGUAAAGUUAACGUGUACAUUGAUUAUGUCAGCCAUGUACAUGCUACCAUAAAACGUUAUGCUAUUUUAAUUAAAGAAAAAGAAGUGAUAUAUA